ACAAACCUCUUUCUUUGUCCUCUCUCUCUCUCUCUCUCUCUCUCUCUCAUUGUCUACAUUUUUCUUCUACAGAUACCAUCUUCCUAGUUUUGUUUCGAACCCACAAUGGAAGAUCAAUCCCCUCUAUCGAUCCAACAAACCCUUCAAGAAAAACCAGAAGCCUCACCACAACCCUUCAAGAAAAGCAUCGUUGCUUCAUUAAUGGAAGCCGCUACCCUUCGAUCUCCCUCUUUCAAGGAAGACACAUAUUUCAUUUCUUACCUUAAGUCUUCAGAGAAGAAGGCCUUACAAGAGUUCAAAGACAAGCUCUCUUUGUCUCAUUCGUCUGAAUCCAUGUGGGGUAUUCCAUUGUUGGGUGGCGACGACAGGGCCGAUGUGAUUCUGUUGAAGUUUCUCAGGGCGAGAGAUUUCAGAGUCUCAGACUCAUUUGCCAUGCUAGAGAAGUGUUUGGCUUGGAGAAAAGAGUUCGGUGCUGAAGACAUUGUUGAGGAAGACUUGGGUUUCAAGGAGCUCGAAGGAGUUGUUGCUUACAUGAACGCUUACGACAGAGACGGUCAUCCGGUCUGCUUCAAUGCUUAUGGAGUCUUUAAAGACAAGGAGAUGUACGAGAGGAUCUUUGGGGACGAAGAGAAGCUGAAAAGGUUUCUUAGGUGGAGAGUUCAAGUUCUUGAAAGAGGUAUAAACCUUCUCCAUUUCAAGCCUGGUGGUGUUAAUUCUUUGAUCCAGGUGACGGACCUCAAAGACAUGCCCAAGAGGGAGCUCAGGGUCGCCUCAAACCAGAUUCUCUCUCUGUUUCAAGAUAAUUAUCCUGAAAUGGUGGCUCGGAAGAUUUUUAUCAAUGUUCCUUGGUACUUCAGUAUGUUGUACUCGAUGUUUAGUCCGUUCCUUACCCAACGAACUAAGAGCAAGUUUGUGAUCGCUAAAGAAGGGAAUGUUGCAGAAACCCUCUUCAAGUUUAUAAGGCCUGAGAACGUGCCAGUUCAGUAUGGUGGGCUGAGUCGACCUGGAGAUUCACAGAACGGCCCUCCCAAACCAGCUUCUGAAUUUACUGUGAAGGGAGGAGAGAAAGUGAACUUGGAGAUAGAGGGGAUUGAGGGUGGUGCGACCAUAACCUGGGAGAUAGUGGUGGGAGGAUGGGAUUUGGAGUACAGUGCAGAAUUUGUGCCGAGUGAGGAAGGAAGCUACACCAUCGCCAUCCAGAAGCCCAGGAAGAUUGCAGCAACAGAAGAACCUGUGAACUGUUCUUUCACACCCAAGGAACCUGGGAAAAUGGUGCUCUCCAUAGAUAACACUUCUUCUCGGAGGAAGAAGGUGGCCGCUUACCGAUACUUUGUUCGCAAACCCAGCUGCAUUGUGGUGGUUUAAGUUUAAAAAAAUCUAAAUCCAAUAAUAUUACUAAGAGAGAAGGUUCCAAUCCCGUGUUUAGGAGUUGGCUUGAAGUUUGAUUUCUGCCUUAAAUUGCUAAUUUCUAUAUGUAUAGAUGAUUAGAUGGGUGAAGAAGAAACUGGGUCUUUGUUUUGAUUAGUAGUAACUAGUAAGUAUAGAAGAAGCUGUUUACUUUUGUAAUUUGGUUUCCCUCUUUUUUGUUGGGUUGGAAUUUGGAAAUUUGGAAUUGCAG